AUGGAUGCCAGCCACCUGACUACACGAAUGACCCAAAUGGAACUUGCACAAAGUUCUCGGGGCAGGGAUAUACCUUCGCACGGACCUCCAAUGUUUCAUCCUGGUAUGCCGCCCGAAGAAUUGAAACGUCGCAUGGACGACUACAAGGCGUGGAUGGAAGAGGACAACCAAAUUCCUCCGAGCCCAUCGCUACCCAUGGACCGUGAAGAGCUCCUUGGAAUGCAAGCAGAAACGCGUGAAUCUCAACGAGAAUGGUUGCGAAACGGGAAGGUCGCCAUGCGUAUGACUGUCGUCGGUUUUCCCAAACACUCCAGUUCUACUGAGCUGCGCAAACUAGAAAGGAUCUCCUUAGCUGACAUGCUUGUCCGAAAGACCCAUCUGGGACGUUAUCUACUGUGCCGCUCAAUAGCCCUAAGUGUACGAGCUAGUGCCGUACAACUAGCUGUCGAGGAUCCAGAUGGAACAGCAUACGGUCUGUCCAUCUACAACUUCCCGACCAUGUUCGACUGCCCUCCAAAUUGUGCCGACGUGCUCUUCCCAAUCGGUGUAAUUUUUGCCAUCCGCGAGCCUACAUUCAAGCCGGCUGCUCAAGGGCGUUACCCGAUUCUUCGCGUGGACUCUCCUACAGAUAUCGUCUUCAUGGAUCCCCAAGAUGCCAUUCUGGACGGAGUGUCAUGGCGCUUCGAUAUCCGGCUUCCGGGCUCACCAGAAUUGCCCACCACAGUCGAUGGCUGGAAAGAGCGUGGAAAUGUGCUCUUCAAAGAUUCCCAAUGGCUGCCUGCAGCAAUUGCAUAUACGCAUGGGCUCCAGCUGGACCCUGCCGCCCCCGUGCUUUACUCAAACCGCUCCGAGGCAUAUUUGCGGCUGCGAUUCUACUCGGGCGCGCUGGCGGACGCACGCAGUGUGGCGCGCGUGCCCGGGGUAUCGGAUGCGCUGCUCGAGAAGGCCCUGGUCCGCGAGGCAAAGGCCGAGUACGCGCGUGAAAAUUUCGAGGUCGCGCUGGCGAAGUUCGAGGAGUGGCAGUUUGCACACUCCGGGGACAACGCUGCGGCAGCAGAGAUCGCGACCUGGAUCACGCGCACGCGGCGUCGGCACGAGGAGAGUCGGACUGGUACCUAUGACUGGGCGAAGUUCUUCGUGUCUUCGUUCAAACAGCCCCAUCUUGACAUUGCUGACUACCAGGGCUCGAUAGAGGUACGAGCGAUGGCAAAUCGAGGUGGAGGUCGGGGCAUUGUUGCAACCAAAGACAUUGCCGUAGGAGAAGUACUGCUUGUCUCAAAACCAUUCGUUGCUAUAUACGACUCAGACCUCAGUGAGAAGGAGGUGACCAUGAAUGUGGACUUCCUGGCCGGCGUGAGCAGCGAGCCCACACGAAGCGCUGUUAUAGCACGCGCUGUGGAAAAAAUAUACGGUAAUCCUGAUCUGCACGACCAGGUCUUCGAUCUGUACUCGGGCGUGGACUACCCGGCAGCUCCGCCGUCAUAUCCUCCCGCAAAACCUACAGAACCCACCGUGGUCAACCCCCUCGAGCCCAACGUUAACAUCGACAUCUCGUGUCUCGAAGCGAUCUGCACGUUCAAUUGUUUCAACCCGUUCCCCAUCCGGCCGUUCGACACGCCCGCUCCCGACGAGGACAGUCCGACAGGGCUUUACCUGCUCCCGUCGCUGUUCAACCACUCAUGCCUGUCCAACGCCACAUGGUGUUGCGUCGGCGACGCCUUAGUCGUCCGCGCGGCCGCAAACGUUACGGCGGGCACGGAGAUCACGAUCCCGUACACGAAAGAGGGAUCAUACCUGGAGCGCACGCGUGUGCUCGCGCAGCACAUGGUGCUCCACUGUGAUUGCUGGCUGUGCGAGGCUGACCGCAGGGACGGGGAGGACGCGCUCGAGGCGCGGCACGAGCUUAUGGAGGAGAUCAUGCGUGAUCGGAAGACAUACUCGCAUGCGGAGCUGCGCGUGCAGGAGCGGAAGGUGAACGCGACGUACGCGCGCACUCGGGGGGUCGUAAGGCCAUCCCUUGCGUUCGUGCAGCACGCGAAGGCGGAGGCGCUACGGCGCACCCGCAGUGCGGCCGACUCGCGGAAGGCGAUCGAGGAGGAUAUCAAGUCCCUCGAGAGCAUGGGUUACGUGGUUCUGCCGCGGGCGCGCAAGGGGGGCGCGUUAACAGCUGACGGAAAGCCAGUGAUGCCCAUUGCGACCGACCAGGUGCCCUCGACGACGACGUUCGAGCGGCCCGUGAUGACGAUGGUUAGGAUGGCUGAGCAGUUCCUCAUCCUUAAGGAUGAUGUGAGCGCAACAAAGUGGCUAAAUGGUGCUAUGUGGAUCAUCGAUAUGUUGUUCGGUGGGAGCAAGGCUUUCUUCAUGUUGAUGGUAGGUCCGAUGCUCCGGUCAUUGGGUAUGGACGACUUUGCGAUGCGUGUCCUGUGA